ACGGGCCCUUCCUCGUGCGCGCGCGCGCGCGGCGAAUCUGCGGGGCCGGCGCGGGGGCGGUGACUGAGCCACAGGAGGUGGAACAUGGCUGGACAAAUAUCAGAGGCUGAUCAGAUCAAACAGUUCAAGGAGUUUCUUGGCACAUACAAUAAACUUACAGAAAAUUGCUUUGUGGAUUGCAUAAAGGAUUUCACUAGCAGAGAUGUGAAACCAGAAGAGAUAACUUGCUCAGAAAACUGCCUGCAGAAGUAUCUGAAGAUGACCCAGAGGAUCUCCAUGAGAUUCCAGGAGUACCACAUCCAGCAGAACGAGGCUCUGGCAGCCAAGGCAGGACUGCUCAGCCAACCUCGCUAGAGCAGAGCUCUGUGCUCAGACCUAAGCUGUGCCAAGAACACACUGGGGGAUUCCUGCUGUCAGGAUGUGUGUCCAGCAGCUCAGAGCAGAGCUGUGGGUGCUGCUCAGGCAGUGGGAGCAGAAGGGUUAAACAGGAGCUCAGUCCUGGUGGCCUGGCAGUGAAGUUUGUUUCCACAAGGGAAUGAUGCACAUACAACUUUUCCCAGGGCCUGGUAUCUGAAUUUCAGGGGUGGUGGGAGGGCUCACCUGCCUUUUGCUGAGACUGGUUGAGAUGAAUCAAUGUAACUUAGGGAAUACUUUUUUAUUUAAUUCAAAUAAAAUCAGCUGGAGCCAUA